UUUGAAAACCCCUUUCUUCCUUCUCAAAACCUCCCUCUAUAGCCAGUCCGUUGCCACGCGCCGCCGCCUGAGAGAGGAUGAAGAUAGAGGAGGUUCAAUCGACGACGAAGAAACAGAGAAUAGCUACUCACACUCACAUUAAAGGUCUCGGCCUUGAGCCCAAUGGGAAUGCAAUCCCUUUAGCAGCUGGGUUUGUGGGUCAGGCUUCAGCAAGAGAAGCUGCUGGCCUUGUGGUUGAUAUGAUCCGCCAAAAGAAGAUGGCCGGUCGGGCUCUGCUGCUUGCUGGGCCUCCUGGUACUGGCAAAACAGCACUUGCUUUGGGUGUUUCACAAGAACUGGGCAGCAAGGUACCAUUUUGCCCAAUGGUUGGAUCUGAAGUGUAUUCAUCAGAAGUUAAGAAAACUGAGGUUUUGAUGGAAAAUUUUAGACGAGCUAUUGGUCUACGUAUAAAAGAAAAUAAGGAAGUUUAUGAAGGAGAGGUGACUGAACUGUCCCCCGAGGAAACUGAAAGCGUCACUGGUGGAUAUGGCAAAAGCAUUAGUCAUGUCAUUAUCGGGUUGAAAACAGUCAAAGGGACCAAACAAUUGAAGCUUGACCCUACUAUAUAUGAUGCCCUAAUCAAAGAAAAGGUAGCUGUUGGUGAUGUCAUAUACAUCGAAGCAAACAGUGGAGCAGUUAAAAGAGUGGGGAGAAGUGAUUCUUUUGCUACAGAGUUUGAUCUUGAGGCUGAAGAAUAUGUUCCUCUUCCUAAAGGAGAAGUUCACAAGAAGAAGGAGAUAGUACAGGAUGUUACACUGCAUGAUCUUGAUGCUGCAAAUGCACGACCUCAGGGAGGUCAAGAUAUAUUGUCUUUAAUGGGUCAGAUGAUGAAGCCCAGGAAAACCGAAAUCACUGAUAAGUUGAGACAAGAAAUAAACAAAGUUGUUAACCGUUAUAUUGACGAAGGGACAGCAGAGCUUGUUCCUGGUGUGUUGUUUAUUGAUGAGGUACAUAUGUUGGAUAUGGAGUGCUUUUCUUAUCUGAAUCGUGCCUUGGAGAGUUCGUUAUCUCCCAUUGUGAUUUUUGCCACUAAUAGAGGAAUCUGUAACGUUAGAGGAACUGAUAUGGCCAGCCCUCAUGGUAUACCUGUUGACUUAUUAGACCGAUUGACGAUUAUUAGAACAGAAACUUAUGGCCCAGCAGAGAUGAUACAGAUUUUAGCUAUCCGUGCUCAAGUCGAGGAACUGGGUAUAGAUGAAGAAAGUCUGGCUUACCUUGGCGAGAUUGGGCAGCAAGCAUCUUUAAGGCAUGCUGUUCAGCUUUUAUCACCUGCCAGUAUUGUUGCGAAAAUGAAUGGCCGCGACAAAAUUUGCAAGGCGGAUCUUGAAGAAGUGAACUCCCUUUAUCUGAAUGCCAAGUCUUCAGCAAGGCUUCUUCAGGAGCAACAGGACAGAUACAUUUCAUAAAAGCCCCUCUGAUUCCCCAUUCCCAAUCCAAUCUGAAUCUUCCUAUGCCCUUCAAAUCCUCAAUGUGCUUCGUUAUGAUUUUCUUCUCCUUGCUCCAGAUUUUCUGGGUUAGGAUUAGUUUUCGAAAGAUUCACCAAAUUCAGGUUUUGCAAGUCCUGGAGAAUUAGUACACGAAAGAUUCACCGAAUUCGUCUAAGAAUCCUGUCAUUAGCCUUGUAUGAGAAUAACAUUAUCAUGUAGUUUUAGCGUUUUGGAUAAUCUUUUUAAACUGUAUUAAUUCUGGAAAUGCUAAAGCACAUUAUU